UUGUCGAGUCAAGCACCUAUCUCCUUCCUUCGUCCCCGCUGCAUACAACUUAUUGAUAAACUAUAUAUGGUUUUUACGUGACUAAUGUUCUUAUUUAUUAUUUAUAAUAUUUAUAUAUAUAAGUGAAAGUGCCGUGAAGUUAAAAACUACAAUGUGGACCGACUGUGUCCAUAUCCUAUGUGUUGUUUUCCCGUAUGUAAUUGGUGGGUCAGCACUUCUUUCUGUACCACCACAGAUAAAACAAGAAAUUGCAAGUUACAAAGAUAUUGCCAAUGAAAUCAUCAAUCUCUCUGUAAGUGGUGCCGCUCAGAACCAAAGCUACAACAGACUUGCUAAAUUUGUGGAUAAAUUUGGCAGCAGGAUUGCUGGCUCUCAAAACUUUGAACAUGCAGUUGACUAUAUGCUUCAAGUUCUAGCUGAUGAUAAGUUGGAAAAUGUACAUGGAGAAGAUGCCAUGGUGACACACUGGGUGAGAGGAAAUGAGUCUGCUACCAUGCUAAAACCAAGAGUGUAUAAUUUGGCUAUGUUGGGAUUAGGUGGUAGCAUAGCAACCCCACCUCAAGGAAUCACAGCAGAAGUAUUGGUUGUCAAUUCAUUUGAUGAAUUACAUAACAAAUCAAGAGAGGCUAAAGGAAAAAUUAUAGUUUAUAACGAAGAUUAUGAAGGGUAUCCUACAUCAGUGGCUUAUCGAGAUUACGGGGCUAAAGAAGCCGCAAUGGUUGGUGGUGUUGCAUCACUGAUAAGAUCAAUUGCGCCAUUCUCCAUUCAUAGUCCACACACUGGUUGGCAGGAUUAUGAUCCCAAAGUGAAAAAAGUCCCAACAGCCUGUAUUACAAUUGAAGAUGCCCAAAUGCUUGCAAGAAUGGCAGCCAGAGGAACAAAAAUUGUGAUUCAUUUGAAAAUGGAAGCAAAAUCUUUACCACAAGUGAAAUCUCGAAAUACAAUAGCUGAAAUUAAAGGAAGCAAGUAUCCAGAACAGAUUGUUCUAAUAAGUGGUCAUUUAGACAGCUGGGAUGUUGGACAGGGUGCGAUGGAUGAUGGCGGUGGUGCCUUCAUUUCUUGGCAGGCACUGUCUCUAAUGCGACAGUUGGGUCUGAGACCAAAGCGAACUCUGCAGAUGGUGAUGUGGACAGGAGAAGAAGAAGGAGGAUUAGGAGGCCAGGCUUAUUACAAUACACACAAAAAGAACAUUAGUAACUACAACAUUGUGAUGGAAUCAGAUAUGGGUACUUUUACACCAACUGGAAUCUGGUUUACAGGUUCUGACGCAGCCCGUGCCAUUGUUAACACAGUAGUUCAAUUACUAAAACCAAUCAAUGCAACCAUGCUGUAUAAAGGAGCGGAGGGCACAGAUAUACAACUAUGGAUGAAUGAUGGAGUGCCAGGAGCAUCACUUGCUAAUGAACAUCCGGAAUAUUUCUGGUUUCACCACUCUGAUGGUGAUACAAUGACUGUUAUGGAUCCUCAUCAAAUGGAUCUAUGUGCUGCUGCCUGGGCUGUGGUCUCUUAUGUCUUAGCUGAUAUGGAGGAUAUGUUGCCAAGAUAAAGAAGAUUGACUGGGGCUAUGUCAUCACAAUGCACUUAUGUCUGUACUUAUAUACUCAGGCUGAAAUACCAUUUGGAACACAGAUACUGUAAAACCAUUUAUUUUUAGGCUUUUAAUUUCAUUGUUUUGAGCAAUUUCACUGGGUUUUUAAUUUUACAAACUUGGCAGAGAAACACUUUGUUCUAUUGUUAUUCUACAUGUUCACAUAUAUUUAAUUUAGUGAAUUUUACUUAUCAUUGGAAAUAAAAACCAGUGAAUAAUUAAA